UAAUCUCAGAUCGCCCAGUCACCGAAUCACACGCGCUGUUCCUGUUUAGUAUAUGGACACAUACGAAUUACAAUGAACGCACCCUUCGGAAUGGACGCACGCGUAAAGUUUAGUACUUUGAUGCUGAUUAUUUCCUUGAUUUAACCUGAAGAUUUUGUGUUGCUGCUGUUUUUCCCUGGUUGACUUUUUGCGCUGGAUGGCUAUCACAAGAAAGGAAAAGCACCCGUUCCUCUCCGCUAUAGCAUAGCACUUUCUGCCCCAGGGAGUAACCAUAAGCAAAGAUCUAUCAAUGCAGGUGAGCGUGACGAGUCGUUCUUAGAACUGCAAAUCCCUGUUAAUUUACGGCACUUUGGGGGAAGAGGACAGAAUCAAAAGGGUCUCAUAGGUAUUGAACAUAAGCUAGUAGCCUAAGACGCAGAUACAAAGCACGGGAGAAGAGGAGAGAGAAAACACUGCAAGCUACGAGAGAUCACUUUAAGGAGCUUUCGCCCCAAAGCCUCGACAUCUCACUGGACCCUACUACAUUCAUACCUCAGGAAACAUGUCAUCUCAAACUAGAUUCAAGAAGGACAAAGAAAUAAUCGGAGAAUAUGAGACACAAGUCAAAGAGAUCCGGAACCAGCUGGUGGAGCAGUUCAAGUGUCUGGAGCAGCAGUCGGACGCGCGUAUCCAGCUGCUGCAGGACCUUCAGGAGUUCUUCCGCCGCAAGGCCGAGAUCCAGCUGGAGUACUCGCGCAGCCUGGAGAAGCUCGCCGAGCGUUUCUCCUCCAAGAUCCGCAGCUCCCGUGAGCACCAGCAGUUCAAGAAAGACCAGCACCUGCUGUCCUCUGUGAACUGCUGGUACUUGGUCCUGAAUCAGACGCGCCGGGAGAGCCGGGACCAUGCCACCCUCAACGACAUCUACAUCAACAACGUCAUCGUGCGCCUGUCCCAGAUCUCCGAGGACGUCAUCCGGCUCUUCAAGAAGAGUAAAGAUAUCGGGAUCCAGAUGCACGAAGAGCUGGUGAAGGUGACAAACGAACUCUACACUGUGAUGAAGACGUAUCACAUGUACCACACGGAGAGCCUGAGCGCCGAGAGCAAGCUGAAGGAGGCCGAGAAGCAGGAGGAGAAGCAGUUCAGCAAGUCGGGCGAGCUCAACGUCAACCUGCUGCGCCACGAGGACCGGCCGCAGCGCCGCAGCUCUGUGCGCAAGAUCGAGAAGAUGAAGGAGAAGAGGCAAGCCAAGUACUAUGAGAACAAGCUGAAGUGCACCAAGGCACGCAACGACUACCUGCUGAACCUGGCGGCAACCAACGCGGUGGUGGCGAAGUACUACAUCCAUGACGUCUCCGAUAUGAUUGAUUGCUGUGACCUGGGCUACCAUGCCAGCCUGGCCCGCACCUUACGGACAUACCUGUCAGCCGAGUACAGUCUGGAGACGUCCAGGCAUGAGGGGCUGGACGUUAUCGAGAACGCCGUGGACAACCUGGACCCUCGCAGUGACAAGCAUAAGCUCAUGGACAUGCACAACCAAGUGUUCUGCCCGCCCAUGCGCUUUGAGUACCUGCCCCACAUGGGGGACGAGGUGUGCCAGGUGAGUGCCCAGCAGCCUGUUCAGACAGAGCUGCUGAUGCGCUACCACCAGCUGCAGUCCCGCCUGGCCACGCUCAAGAUCGAGAACGAGGAGGUACGGAAGACCCUGGACGCCACCAUGCAGACCCUACAGGACAUGCUGACUGUAGAGGACUUUGACGUGUCCGACGCCUUCCAGCACAGCCGCUCCACAGAGUCCAUCAAGUCUGUGGCCUCCGAGACCUACAUGAGCAAAGUCAACGUGGCCAAGAGGAGGGCCAACCAGCAGGAGACCGAGGUCUUUUACUUCACUAAAUUCAAGGAGUACCUCAAUGGCAGCAACCUCAUCAUCAAGCUACAGGCCAAGCACGACUUGCUGAAGAGCACCCUGGGAGAAGGAGAAAGGGCUGAAUGUGGAACUACGAGGCCCCCAACCCUCCCCCCUAAGCCACAGAAACUACGAAAGCCUAGACCACGCUCCGUCUAUAACCAUAAGCUGUUUAACGGCAAUAUGGAGACCUUCAUCAAGGAUUCCGGUCAACCCAUUCCAUUGGUUGUUGAGAGCUGCAUCCGCUACAUCAACCUAUAUGGCUUGCAACAACAAGGCAUAUUCCGAGUCCCAGGAUCUCAGGUCGAAGUUAAUGAUAUUAAGAAUUCAUUUGAGAGAGGUGAGGACCCCCUGAUCGACGACCAGAACGACCACGAUAUCAACUCUGCGGCUGGGGUCUUGAAGCUGUACUUCAGGGGCCUGGAGAACCCCCUUUUCCCCAAGGACUUCUUGGACCUGAUCUCCACCGUCAAACUGGAGUCUUCAGCUGAAAGAGCUCAUCACAUUCAGCAGAUCAUCGUGACUCUUCCUCGUACCGUGAUCAUCGUCAUGAGAUACCUGUUCGCAUUCCUCAAUCACCUGUCCCAGUACAGUGACGAGAACAUGAUGGACCCCUACAACCUGGCCAUCUGCUUCGGCCCAACCCUCAUGCCCAUCCCGGACGGCCAGGACCCUGUAGCGUGCCAGGCCCAAGUCAAUGAGGUCAUCAAGACCAUCAUAAUCCACAACGAGCUCAUCUUCCCCAGCCCGCGCGAGCUGGACGGUCCGCUCUAUGAGAAGUGCAUGACCGGAGGAGAGGAGUACUGUGAUAGCCCCCACAGCGAGCCCGGGACCAUCGAUGAGGCAGACAACGGCACUGAGCCCCACACCAGUGAUGAUGAAGUAGAGCAGAUUGAAGCCAUUGCCAAGUUUGACUACACGGGUCGCACCCCGCGGGAGCUGUCCUUCAAGAAGGGGGCGUCGCUGCUGCUGUACCACCGCGCUUCGGAGGACUGGUGGGAGGGUCGGCACAAUGGCGUCGACGGCCUCAUCCCACACCAGUACAUCGUGGUGCAGGACCUAGAUGAUGCGUUCUCAGACAACCUCAGUCAGAAGGCUGACAGUGAGGCCAGCAGUGGGCCAGUGUUGGACGACAAGAGUUCGUCCAAAAAUGACCUGCAGUCUCCCUGUGAACACAACCCAGAGUACCCCUUCGGUGGCGUUAUGGGACGGGUGCGGCUGCGCUCGGACGGGGCAGCGAUACCUCGCCGCCGUAGUGGUGAGACCCAUAGUCCCCCGAGAGGCACGGACACUCCCCCGCGCGCUGCCGCCUGUCCCAGCAGCCCCCACAAGGUGGCUGUGAGCCGCGGGCGCAUCGAGAGCCCAGAGAAGAGGCGUCUGGGCACGUUCGGCAGUGCCGGCAGCAUCAACUACCCGGACAGGAAGACCUACCCGGAGGGUCACCCACUCAGGCCCGUCCCCGGGGCCACACGCCACAGCAGCCUCGGAGACCACAAGUCCCUGGAGGCCGAGGCCUUGGCUGAGGACAUAGAGAAGACCAUGAACACAGCGCUGCACGAGCUCCGUGAGCUGGAGCGCCAGAACACGGCCAAGCAGGCGCCGGACGUGGUGCUGGACACGCUGGAGCCGCUCAAGAACCCGGCCAGCUCGGAGCCGGGCAGCCCUCUGCACACCAUCGUCAUCCGCGACCCGGACGCCGCCAUGCGCCGCAGCUGCAGCGGCUCCAGCAGCGAGAUGAUGACCACCUUCAAGCCGGCGCUCUCGGCCCGCCUGGCCGGGUCCCAGUUGCGCCCGCCACCCAUGAGACCCCAGCGCCCCGCUCCACCACAGCAACCGCACCACCACCACCACCGCCACCACCACCAACCGGGGCAGGGCCAGCCGGGACCGGGCCACCGCUCCAGUAGCUCAAGCUCCUCUGGGGUGGGCAGCCCCGCCGUCACCCCCACCGAGAAGAUCUUCCCCAACAGCAGCGCCAAUGCUAACGCUAACGCUAACACGGCCGCCGCCAAUGAUAAGUCGGGCACUAUGUAGUGGCCAGACUGGUUAGGGGUCUGCCCCGUCCUGGAGGCCUGGCGAACGGCUGCUGCAUCUGGCCACCGGAAGCCUGAUGCUGUUCCUCUGACAAGAGGGAAGAAUGAAAUUGCAAAAGGAAGCAAAAGAGUUCUUGGUCCUCUGUCAGGUUUUUCCUCAAAGUUAUAAUUAGCCCUUCUCUCCCUCUCUCCACUAAAAUUCUCCUCCUUCUGAAGGUGAACAUGGGUUGCCAUGGUGACCAACCCUGUGGAGAAGCUGAAAAAUGCUCACAUUCUAACAGAGAUUCAUGAAGCACAGGUGAAACAUAAUAGAGGUGGAAAAAGACAUGCCUGUUUUUGUUUUCCUACCUUCCUUUAGACACCUUUAAUUUUACCUCAGAAAUAAUUCCAUUAAUAAAUUCAGUAUAUUUGGCUAGGUCCCAUUCCUCUAGACCUUUUGUUGACUGUUUAUAGAGCAAUAUAUUGUUAUGGCAUUAGUAUUUUUUUUUCCUCCUGCACUGGUUAUCCAGAGAUCUCUCUCCAUGACGGGGGGACAAAUUAGCUCCCCCUGGUUUGAAGGGAAGUUCUGAGGCAGUCCUGCUCUCCUAAACUGGAUUAUAAAUGUACAUUUAGACUACCAGACUUCUCAAAGACUGUGACCAAAACGGCAUCUUGCCUUUGAGCUGUACCUGUACAUAGAGACUUCCUGUACUUGAAAUUGUAAUGCCUUUUGUUUGUAGUAUAAGGGAUGUUCAACUAAGUAAUUACAAUACAUAGCCAAGUUGUAAACAUAAUGUAUGAGAUGCAGAAAACUGAAACCAUAUACCAACUAAUUGUAAGAAACCUGUGGUAUAAAAAUAAUUGUGUAGUUUAACUUGUAUAUACAGUAACUCCUGAGUAGAUUUUUUAAGUGUUAAUCUUGUAUAGUCUAAGACAGACCAGGCAAGGACAUGACAAUGGGAUUUUUCCCAUAGAGCAGGCAAACAACCCACCACCAAGCAACCAGCAAACCAUAGAUGGAAAAACAAUUCCUGAUCUGUUUUCUCUCCCCCAUUUCUGCAUGAAUGGGCCACAGAAAAUGAUUUGGAGUAGAGCUCAUCCCACACAUUCUGCAUCACAUUUCAGAGUAUUCCAGUAAUGCAUUAACCACUAAUGCACACACACACAAUGUUCGUCAUGUACAGUAUCAUUAAAAAGGUUAAUUACAUUUUUCUUCAUUCAGCAUUGUUAAUUAUCAUCCAAUAUCAUCAAAAUUGGAAUCACACUCUUUAUUCUUGGACGGUGAAACAGACUAAAAGCGAACCCUACUCUGUGAUGUACUGUAUGUCAGUAGAUUAUUCAUUCAUUUGAUGAAGUCAUGAUAGAUCUGGGCCCGUAUUCACAAAGAAUUUUAAGGUUAAAUGUAGCUCCUAACUGGCAAAUUUAGGAGUAACUCCUAAAAAUAAUGGAUGUGUCAAUCUUAACUUUAGGACAGCAUUUUUGUGCUGAAAGUACCAUCAUAAAUCUAUGAGUUUAGAAGUAGUCGAUAGGACUCCUAACUCACUAAGACCAAUUAACAACAGAUUGGAAAGUAGCAGUUUGUAUCAUUCCCCGACACAGUGUUUUGAAAUGUCCACAUUACAAUGUUUUGCUCAUGCAAAGUCAAUUACACGAGAUCUGAACCCCAAGGGAAUAACUGUGUAGCCUGAGAGGGAUGGAAUAACGCCACCAGCAACAACUAAAACCAUUGUCAACAUGUAAACUAAAUGUGGGCUUAAAUUGUAUUGUUUAUCAAAUUAAAUGAAGCUACUUGCUCUCUUUACUAUGCAAAUGUGUAAUCAUACAGAUGCAUUUUAUCAACUAAAGAUACUGUGCCAAUCCAUAGUGUAUUCCAUCACUGUGUUACUGUAGCCUUAUCUUAGGAGUUGUCAUUUGUAAUUUUUUACUAAAAGUUGGUCUCAGCAGCUUUGUGAAUAGGUUUUAACAGAAAACUCUUUGUUAACAACUUUUCAUGCGAUUCCAGGAGUACUCUUAGUGAACAGAUGAAAUACUUUGUCAAUAUGGGCCCUUGUCUUCAGCUAAAGAGUGUUUUAACAGAAUCAUGUUAACAAAGGCUGAAGUGAUGCCCUGCCCUCUUCAACCCAGAGAAUUACUCACUGAGGCUCCAUCUUAUGCUCUCUGUCUUGGAAAGCACGGGAUUGCAGCAGCACUGCUGCUCACUCACCCAGUCACUCACACACUCACUCACUCACUCUGUAAACAAGGAUUGGUAUGAUAGUGAUACACUCUCAUGGGCUUGCCUCUUGGUGUGUGUCUGUGUGUCUGUGUGUGUGUGUGUGUGUGUGUGUGUGUGUGUGUGUGUGUGUGUGUGUGCGCGUGCACACGCGUCACUAGUGUGAACUCAUCCAGUGAGCCUAUUGUUAUGGAUCGGAGAACUCACAGUGCCUGAACCCCUGGUGUGGAGGUUCUUCUGGGCCUUGUUUUUUUUUUUUUUUUUUUUUAAAGUCCACCUACGCAGACGGGAAGGCCUGAACCCCAUGCCGCCAGAGCCUCUUUCACAUGCCCCCAAUCUGUCAUCCUAGCUUCUUCUCAGAGGUGCCCGUCUAUGCCUACUGAUAGGAUAGAGAGAAAUACUCACUCAUGUACGAAAUAUUUGCCUGAUUGACCCAGAUAUGCAAUCAGAUGGACUCCAAUGAGAUCUUUGGACACGGUCCCUGCCUGGCACCUAAUUUAGCAUGUCACUUUCAGGCAGCUUCACAGAAGCCUCUUGCUUGUUGGGGUCUCAUAGAUGUUAUGCCUGUAUUACCACUUACAGUACAAUGCUGGAAAAAUAUAGUUUUGUUUACUUUCGAAAUUUGAUCAAACGGGCAGCCUUGCUUCAGCAGAUCUGAGCACAGUUCUUGUUUUUGUUUUUUCUUUUGCAGUGUCACACAUCAACCGAUGUUCACGUCCCUGUGUCAUUCCUCAUCUCAUAAUCACUGAAUUAAAUACUCAAUAAAUAGGAAUCAUGUUGAAAAAACGAGAUGUCCAAUGCCACUCCUGCUGGUAGCAUGUUGAAUAGACACCAAGGCUUCCCUGUAGUUUCUGUAAUCUCUGCUGAUAACUCGCUUAGACAAUACAAACACAUACUCAUAACCUGCAUGGUCACUAUAGAGGAGGAGAAAUGUCUCUUUGUGCAAACAACUGCCACUAUUAGUAACAAUGAUUUGUGCUCCUUUAUUCUUAAAAUCGCACAAGCACAUGAAGAGUAUGUCUUCUUUUACAGAGACAGGCAUGUUCAGACCUAAUAGGUCAAUGAUAUCCGGCUGAUGAUGUGUAGGGCCUUGAUGGAUCCAAAUAUAACAGAAACAGGUGCAGUUUAAUUUCAAAAGCACGUUUCCUCUUUAUUUUUUGACAGGUGUAGGCUACACUUGGGUUCUCUAUGAAAGGUUUUUUUUUCUUCUAAAAAUCAUAGUCUUGCUGAGGAUUGCAAGACUGUGAUUAUGCCUAUCUAGUCAUCCUUGAUGCUGUGAUCAUGUGGCCCAAUGAAGGUUCUAAUGCCCUCUAGUGGCUUUGAAGAUAAUCAAUGGGGGAUUCAAGUGAAGCUUGGAAUGGCAUAUCAGACUGGUACAUGAGCGCCCACUGCAGGCCACUGCAGGUACUAGUCCCUUUAGCAUCAUUUCCGUGUAGCUCUUUGGGGGACAUCUCAGGAGGAAGCCACAUUAGGUCAAUCUGUUUUUUUUUUUUUUAUCUUUUGGAUAUUUUAGUUUUUAUCAUUCCUGUCUUUUUCAAACUUUGCAUGCAUGUAUUGUUUUCUUCAUUAACAAGAUUGCACAUGCCCAAAAGGAAAGCACAGACUUCAGCCAUCGACAUAUUCCAACUGUCUCCAUCAUGAUCUAUUUGUUUUUAUCAUUUAGACAUUUACAAGUGCCUUUGGUGCACAUCAUUCGUUGAUUACAGACUUGCAUAUUUUUUUGGAGAAGUAAUAUGUUUUCUUUAAUAAUCGUACAUGCCUCUGUAAUGAUUAAGUGCAUUCCCAAACUAACUGUUAAAUCAGAGACCGCCCUCUGUAUGAACUCUGUAUGAAGUAAGACAUUUUAAUAGCCUAAAACCUUGCCUGUGCUGUCAACAAAGUUAGAAUUAUUUUAUGAUUUUUAAUAUUUUCGGAUUUUUGUAGGGAUCGUGUCAAGGCCCUUCGUAAAAUCCUGCCGUCUCGUGGACGUAAUCGCUCUCCUCUCUCCAUUUCUGCCUCUUAAGACCUCUGACUGUGUCACAGUGGAGCUUUGCAAUCCUUAGCAGUAUGCUUAUUCUACCUAGUGAAUGCAUUGCAGUAUUAAAGGCUUGGUGAGCCUGUUUGAGGAUCUUGCCACUUGCACGGUUACAAAAAGCACUCGACACACCCUUACUGUGGUGCUUACGGAAAUAGGCAUCAUAUCUGUCUUAGGUUUUGAGUUUAGGAAUGUAUGCUAACACAGGUUGUAUUGUAUGUUUGCUAACAUGCCAAGCUCUUUCUUUUUUGAUUUCUGAGCUCACCUCUCACAUGACCAAACUGGCUGGCUGUCUGUGGCAUAGGUUGUGAAUCUCUGUCAUACUCUUUUGCCCUUUCGUGUCAAGUGAACCUGUCUGUGAAAUGAGUGUCUGAGUGGUUGAAUUCCCUGUGAUGUAAAUGUACACCAUGCCACUGAUUGGAUGUGAAGAAUCCUGAUGUUUAAAUAAAUACAAAUUACUUUUUUGCCCUCCA